GUGACGUCAGUCAGCGGGACCGCACUGUCAUUAGCUGCAGCAGCCUGUGGUACCCCGGGGGGGCGGAAUGCAGGCAGUAUGACUAGUGUUAUCACUAGGCAGUGCGGGCUGCUGAGGCGUGUGGUAUUACACGGGCUGUCCUCUGCUAGCGGGAUGGCGGCGCCACUGUCCCCGGGGAGCCGCCGCCUGGAGUUGGGCGGCGACCUGCGGAUGAAAGCCUACGCCCUGUGCCAGGAGUACCUACUGGGGGCAUGGCGGAGCAUCAAGCCGGAGCAGAUGAAGGUGUCAGUGGUCAGCUAUUGGAGAUCUGUAACACAAGAUACACAGCGGCGAAACUACGGACAUAAGAGUCGUCACGUGACACGCCAUAACACACAUGGGACGCCACUUACGUCGAACGACUCGACGCCAAUCCCUCAACUUUGCAGCAAGACUCUGAAACACUCGAACUGUGGUGGUCUCAGUAACCUGCUGUAUAAGUGUAGUCUCGCAGACAACGUACAAACACAAUCCACGGAGCCACGACAAGUGCUGCUGAGGCUUUAUGGAGCCAUCCUGCAGGGCGUGGACUCUAUUGUUCUGGAGAGCGUCAUGUUUGCAAUCCUUGCUGAGCGGGCCCUGGGACCACGCUUGUAUGGUGUUUUUCCUCAAGGUCGUCUGGAAGAAUACAUUCCGAGCCGGAGACUGGUGACCUCAGAACUUAGUGUUCCUGAAAUCUCUAGUGAGAUUGCACAGAAGUUGGCCAGAUUCCACAUGAUGGUGAUGCCAUUCAACAAAAAACCUGUGUGGCUCUUCAGCACUAUGGAUAAGUACAUGUCCCAGAUUUCUACUCUGUCCUUUACACAAGAAGAUUUGGUGGAAAAGUUCAACAAGCUGAAGAGUUAUAACUUGGAGGAAGAAAUGAAAAGUCUGAAGCUUCUGCUGGAAUCUACACCGUCUCCUGUCGUUUUCUGCCACAAUGACGUUCAGGAAGGAAAUAUCCUGCUUCUGUCAUCUCGUUCCUCCGAUCCAUCUGAUAAACUUAUGCUCAUUGACUUUGAGUACAGCAGCUACAAUUACAGGGGAUUUGACGUAGGUAAUCACUUCUGUGAGUGGGUGUAUAAUUACCAUCAUGAUGAGUGGCCAUUCUACAAAGCGCAACUGAGCAACUACCCCACACGGGAGCAGCAGCUUCAUUUUUUACGAUCUUACCUAUUGGAAAGUUGUCCAGAGCUGGGCGAGGAGGAGCGGUGUGCUGAAGCGGCCGCCAUGGUUACUGAGGUGAACCGAUUUGCAUUGGCUUCACAUUUCUUUUGGGGUCUUUGGUCCAUUUUGCAAGCAAAAAUGUCAACAAUUGAAUUUGGAUACCUGGAUUAUGCCCUCUCCCGCUUUGAUGCAUAUUUUCAACAGAAACCUCUAUGGUCCUGAAUUUCAACUGAUUCGUCUAUCCAAACUGUUGACUGUUCAGCCUCUCAUCUUCUCUAUGUUGCUACAGAUGUCCACACAUGAAGAUUUGCUGCUACCCGUCCAGUCACACAUCCUAACAUAUACGUCCUUUUUUUGUAUCUCUCUUAUAUACCCAACUCCUAUACUGUAUCUUACCCAGCUGAUAUGUGCUGUAUGUUCUUCUCUUAUGAGCUGUACUUCAUCUUUAUGCAUCAUUUCUAAUUCUGCACUGACUAACGGUUAAUCCUUAUGAUUCCUCAUAUUUUAUAAUUGUACUUUUUUUAAAUGUGCACUUGCACUAGUGUCCUGUAUGGUCACCAUUUCAACUCCUAACGUAUGCUAGGACUUUACCUACUCAUUUCAUUCCAUCCAGGAAUAGCAUAUGUGUAGCUGAAAAUUAACAAAAGAGACCAAAAGUGAUCAUGUCGUUUUUAUGUAGUUAUCAUGAGAAAUAUUCUUAAAGCCGAUCUCCACUCAAACAUGUCCGGGUAUGGCUGUGCUUAAUAUUUGUGUUGCACAUGUCACACGACUGGGGUCCAGGAAACUGAGAUGAGGUCAGCUGUUUGAGCCCUUGUACCUUCCAGACACCCUCUUGAUUUUAUUUCCCGUUUGCCUUCAGAUUGCACUCUAGUUUCUGUCCAAUCGGAUAACUUUCUUGGCUGCACUCCAAGAUUAUAAAUUUUAUUUAUUUUUUUC